CACGCUUGUCGCCAAUACCGCACAUGCUUCACCGACAACAAUGCUAGCGAUACCCUUUCCUUCUUUUUCUCUAAGCGUCUUUCCAGCAUAGCCAUGGUGUCUCCAUUCCGGUCCCUUUGUGUUCGUCCCCCUACACCACCACCUGCCAAAACCCCCGCCGACGAUACUACCAAUAAUCAAGUCGAUGAUCAAGAUGCCGACGAGCUUCUCAACUUUUUGAACGAUCCCUUUGGGACCAAGGACCCUGCUUCCAAGCCCGUGGUUUCUUCUGCACAAAAGCUUCUCAGUACGCCCCGAUCAUCACCAGCCUCCGACAGCGCGGUCCCAUUGAGCUCUGCCAGUCGAAGGAAGCGUGUUCUCUUCGAGCCCAAACCCAGUGCAAUCCCAAGCACUGGCUUUGUUCAACAGACAUCCACACCUCUUCAUAGCUCACCGCUGCGACCUUUACCUCAGACUCGCGUAUCUAAACCUCUAAAAUCUAUCCUCAAACCUAUCGACCCGACGUCAACUCCUCCUUCGGCCGAUCAGAGCGCCCCAGCGCAUACAUUUAAAAGCUUUGCCGAGAUGCUCGAAUCGAUUACCAAACAGUUAGCCGCGCCCUCGAGGGCCUCUCGAAUGGAUGCCUACAACACUUUGCACCGAACCAUGCAGGCGUUCGACAAAAUUCCAGAUGUGCAAGCUUUGGUCGACAAGCUGGGCCUGCUCACGCAAUUCGUACAACGGGAUAUGCAGGCAAAGGGCGCGAAUGAUUCUGGACUGGAUUCACAGUUAGUAGGGCAGGCGUUGAAAUUACUCAUGGCCCUGCUUCGCAUUCCAGAGCUGCGGUCUGCCAUGGAAGAUAGUUUUUGCAUUUUCGUAGUCGAGCGCAUACUACAGGUUGCCUCCGACAAGGAUAUGCCCAAGACGGUUGUUAAUACACACCUCGCCACACUUAUGCAGCAGAACUUCCGCUCCAAGGUCAUGACCGUCUCUCGCGUCGAACGCAUUCUCACCAUGAUAGAUACGAUCCCGCAUCGUGUUUCAGGGCAAUCAGUGCUGGCUUACCGCAUCCGAAUAUACAAGAAGUUACUCCAGCAGAAGCCUGAUGUCAUGGCCAAACAUACCGAUCAAUGGUUCAAGCAUCUCCUACAGUCCCUAUUGUCUGUCCAAAAGGAUAUCAAUCAGAGUGCAUUAGAAACUACUCUUACCGCUGCUAGGACAAUAGGCACAGAUCCCCACGUCACGCAAUCGGUUCUUGCCGUUCUCAAUCAUCGAAAGAAGGAUGGCGAAACAGUCACACAUACGCUCACCGAGGAAUUGAUCAGAAUGCUCGAUACAGACCACGCCAUUCUAGUGCCUCAAGCUUGGUCCGUCAUAACAGCUUUGCUAAAGGGCUCUAUGAUCGCGAAGCACUUUCCAUCCCUGCCAGAUUGGCUAAAUUGCUUCAACAUGUGCAUCAGGGCUUCAAGCGAAAUGGUCAGAGCUUUUACGAACGUCGCGUUUGGUGUUUUGAUCUAUGCCGUAAACAUCACCGAGAUCAUGGACGUCAGCUGGAGCAAAAUUUUCCUGGUACUUCCUUUCCACCAACUGCAGAAUCCCCGGCGUGGCCAGUCGAGUGAAUCGGCAUACUGCCUACUGCUUUAUUACGCCCUCAACCCUUCCGCGUCUUCCAAGCAACUGGACCGAUACUGGAAGGAGUUUGUAGUCGAUUUUUGGACCCCAUCUGGAUCGACAAUAUCGCCGUUGCAUGCUGCAGCUGCCUGCCGUAUCGUAUCAUCUCUGCUCGAUGGUUCUCGGAAACCUUGGGAUUCGCAACGAGCCCUUGACCUACGUCCACAGGCUUUGAUGCAGCGAGGAGAACUUCCACUACUGGACCCUAGAUGGGUUCGCAAGUCUCUAGCUUCCGUUCUUCCAUUUGUAGAGAUGCUGCUUGACGCGACCCCUUGGACCACGGGCGAAGACAAAGAUGAGCCUGCUAAAAAGAUGUGGCAAUCGUUGCUACAGUCUUUGAAUGCGGCGAGCAGUCAAGAGGUCAUGGCUUCAGCAGAUUCCAAGGAUGCAAUGGCUAGCAUUGUCAAUUCACUUCGCCGAAUGUGGGACACGCAUGCUGCACAGUUGGCGCUGUCUCAACAGAAAGACGACAACUGGGCCAACAAAUUCUGCUACUUGAUGGAGUCUACUGUCCAGAAACUAGGUGCGCUUGCCUUCACCGACAAGUGCCUGGCUCAGAACCAGAAGGAUGAAAUCGAGGUGGCCUCGACACCGUCACGUUCUCGUCAGCAAGUGUCUCGAAUCUCGCCUUUGCUCUAUUUUGUCGAUUUGCUUGCCAACCGAUCUGAAGGACGACUUGCGGAUACGGUUCGAUUACGAACUUUGUCGUUGCUAGUCGAACCCUGUUUUCACUCGCAGAAUACACGACUAACUAAACUGGAGAUCCUUCGAGAUUGCUGUGCAGCAAUUGUACCGUCAUCUGAAGCCGUCGUCUCUGUUGCAUUUUGGACCCAGAUCGGUGCACUGGCACAGUCUUGCCUAGGAGAACAAACAGCUGAUUCUGCCACUGACAGCUCGCGACAACUUGGCAAAGAGUAUGAAAUCGUUGUUCAAAUUAUGUCUUUAGGAUGCCCCUUCUUUCUCGGAGAGCCUGUAGGACAGGAGCUGUUGACGUCAUUCGUCGAAACGGUUCGCCGUGAAGCUGGUGAAGGUGGCGUUGUGCUUGCUGCGGUUGAAAAAGUGUCGGAGUCUAUCCUCAACACGAUUCCAGAAGCGAAAAAGCGAAGCGGUCUGUCUUUCUUGAGCAUUCUGCUGCAGAAUGUGCCCGUUGCGGUUGCUCGGAGAUCUAUUGAGCAAGGCCGCCAACAACUCUGGCCAUCUUCUUCCAAACCAGGACGCAAUCCUGAAUUCGACCCUUACAAGCAUCUCUACACAAGUAUCACUUCUAUUGGCAGUGCGGUAUAUCACCAAUUAAGUGUAUAUGACGUGGAAGAAUGUAGAGUUCUCCUCAAAGCGCUAACAGGUUUCGUCCGUUCGUGUCCAACUCCUUUGCUUGCCGUGUUUCUUCGAAAGCUCCAACAGCCCAUCCGUUUGUGGGUCGAGGAUGCGGACAAACGAUUACAGGUUGAAGUAUCUGCGCUUAAGGAAUUACACGUUGAGGUUGUGAACCUUUGGAAAGAAAUAUGCGCUGCGUUGGAAAGACUUCAGAAAACGGAUAGCCAGACUUUGCAUCAUCUUGCUGACUUGGUCAUUGCUGGUUUCGUUAGCCGGCGGCGCAGCAUCGUGAACGUAUCGGUCUCCAUGUGGAAUUCCACCUUUGGCAAACAGGAGUCACUGAAAUACCCAACGGAGCUCGAGGAUGCCCUGCAAAGACUUCAACCCAUAUUUCAGCUGACUCUUCCUUCCUUGAAAGCUCGCGAGACGGGCACCGAUGCGGUAUCCUUUUAUGAUUCCGAUGGUAAUUCCAAUACUCCUGUGCAAAAGUUCAGGCAUAAUCACAUCAAGGAGUCGCCCUUUCGUAUUAUUAAGAAUGGUCGGAAGUCCCGGUCUCCUGCGGUUACGUCGAGCGCGACAGGUAGACGGAAAUCUGCUCGUGUAACGCCCAAAGCUCGCCUGAGACAUGACGACUCGCAAAUCGAGUUCCAACCAAUUGCUCAUCCGCCUGCACUGGUGAACCAGGAAUCGCAGGUUCUGACUGAGCGGCAACGCGAGAUGGUCGACCGACAAGCGGUGACUUCAAAUCUGUUCGCGGCGAUUGGCACAACCUCCUCACCUGUUCAACCCAAGUCCGCGCCUAUGAUAGAUGAUUUCCAAGACAUACACUCAGAUGCUUCGGUGGCCUCUGACCUCCCGGUUCAGAAUGACAGGACUCCGGUUAGGCGUAUACCACCCGUAGGGCCUAUGGACGUCUUCGUCGGCUCUUCCCCUACGCCCCACGUUCGCAACCGUAACCGAGAAGUCCGUGACGGUGAUCGCACCAGUCUCGCAACUCCAACCAUUGCUCGAGUCACACUGUCCAACACCGGAGACAGCGUACUUGGUUCUUCACCUCCUCGUGUUGACCACAAUGCAACCCGCAAAGGCAUGGAUGCACAUGACACAGAAUAUGAGCAACCUGAUGAAUCACUCUCCAUGUCUUUUGACGAAGGCACAACGAUCGAUGAGACGACUGUAAAUCAAGGCUCGCAACCGUCACAACGAGACAUCACGCAAUCAGACAUGCCUAGCUCUUCAGUCGAUCUGCAACUGGAUGCCCAGUUCGAUGCUGACAUGCAAUCUCACCAAGGCCAUAUUGAGUCGGCAGAAGUAGAAGUUGUGCUACAAAAUGGUUCGAGAGCAGACACCGAAUUGGUUCAAGAUGAACAACCACACUCAAACGAUAUGGGUACCGCCUACGAUACAGAAGUCGACGAGGAGAAGAUGGAAUUAGACAAAAAGAUGGAGGAGCAGACCCAUGAUUCCACUAUUGGCAGUGUCACUCGAGUGGAAGAUUCUUUCUCAAGCUAUGCUGCAGACGCAGAGAAUUCCCAGGCCCAGCCGGUCCGUCGCUCUGCUCGCACAUCAUCAGCAGCUCUCAGUUCUGCUGAACCAGCCCAGAGCACCAAGCGUGCUCGUGGAAGGCCCAGAAAAUCCAAGCCAGAACCGAUUGUGACUGAUGAAGCAUCGGGAACACCAGGACCAGCCACGCCGGGGGUGCAAGUACUCGAUAACAUUGUGGUUUCGUCACCCACCACGCGGAGCACUUCGGCUAGGCGGACCAGAAGCAGCCUUCCGGGUGAAACAACGCCGAGCAGGGUGUCAGUACCAGAGUCUUUGCGCAGGCGUGGAGUACGGAGGUCAGCUUCUGCACUUAGCCAAAUGAAAACUCAGACAGACACGGUGGUGGAUGGCACACCGACGCCCAAGCGGGCUCGUGCAAACAUUGGCCAGGACGUGAGUGAGGCAAAGCGGACGCCCUCUUCUCAGCCCGCUCAAGCCAAGCGGCUCAGUCAUGUUCGUGUCACACCCAAGAGUGCGAGAACGAAGAAAGCUGGGCUGGACGUUGCACCGCAGGCGUCAGAUGGCAUCGGGUCGAAUAUCACGACGGCAGAGGUAACGCGGCAAGACCAGAAAGCUUCACAGUCACAAUCACAACUGUCAGCUCAAGGCGAGACGGACACGCCCAGCCGGUCUUUCGCGGAUCGAGUGAUACUCACUCCCCGCAGUAUCCUCAAUCAACUCAAAAACUUCAAAGAUGCGCUGGUCAGGAGCAGCCAAUUAGUGCUGGGCAGGCGCGAGGAGAGAGAGAUCGACGAUACCCUUUUUGACAUAAGACGUGAAAUCUACGCGGCCGGUCGAAGGAGCGAGGAAGGGAAGCAGUAAAGGGCUACCAACUAGGGCAAUGGGGCAGGAUGACUGAGUAAGGUUUUCGAGGAGGAUUACUGAUAUGCGGGCAGCCUCUUGUCAGUGGUUGGGACAUGUUGUAUGCCAGGCCAUUGGUGUUGGCGGCUUUUGUAUAUAGUGAAGCACAAAAGUCAUGUACGAUGAACACGGC